CGAGCCUCAGUGUGUGUGGGACAGCCUUGGCGUUAGCCCAGCUUGUCCAUGGUGUGUAUCUGAGUGGCAACCGGCCGUGCAUACGCUCGCUGAGCACCGGGAACUAGCCGAUCAUGCUCAGGAGCUUCCCGGUAGGAUAGCCAGGCAGUAUGUGCGUCACGCUCGGUGAAGCAAACAAGUGACACACGAUUUUUAAACAUUUAUGCCAUCAGGAACAAUGGUGACCUCGCCCUGGAAUAACCUUUUGGUGACGUCAUCAUCAUCUGUCUGUUUUCUCUGCUGCUGACCGUCUGCUUCACAGCUUUCGAAGUGGUGAAGAUGGAGAGCUUUAGAGGGUGGUGCUGGGCGAGGGAGGUGCCCGUGCUGCUGAUGCUGCUGGUGGCGCUGGUGGGGGGCAGCCUAGCCAGCGCCUCGCCCUGUGAUAUCUCAGAGUACUCCUGCGAUGAUGGAGGUUGCGUCUCCCUCAGCCACUUUUGUGAUGGUGUGGCGCACUGCACCGACUACACUGACGAACCUCCUGGAUGCUCAGUAUCCCCUCCAGUUUUGUCCUCUCACAUACCUUCCCUGUCUUUCCCAGCAUCGUCAGGUUCACCUUCAGGAGGGUGUGGAGGCGAUGAUCAAUAUACCGAGUUUGUUCCUCUCACAUACCUUCCCCGUCUUUCCCCAGCUUCGUCAGGUUCACGUAUAGGAGGGUGUGAAGGCGACCACAUCAGUAUCGAGGAACCCAAGCUACGUGUGCGGGGAGGCAGGUGGUGUGGUGAAGGCUCUGGCUUGAAUGUCUACUACAGUGAGACUGACACAGUGGCAGUCACACUUCACGCAGCCUCCACCAUCCAGGGAGAAUAUUUCGACAACCCCCUCAAGUUUAAGAUCAAAUACAAGUUCCUGCGUCGUGAGAGAGCCAUCGUGCGCUACGGACGAGGAGGCACGGCUAAGUAUCGCGGGGAAAUGGUACGGAACAGCGCUUGCAGUCGUGUGUUCCAAGGCUGCAGAGCUCGCCAAUGCCGCUUACAGUCCCCAAAUUUCCCUGGGCUGUACCCUCGCAACGUCACCUGCUACUACCUGGUGAAGGCACUGCCUGCGCCCUCGCCUGAUCUUGUACCUGUGGUCACAUUAAGUCAGGAUAAUGACCGUCUGGUACAGGUGGGUCGUAAAGGCCAUGGCGGCCGUGUGUCGCCAGAAGCUCGCCUCCAGCAGGACGACGAGUGUCGGGCGCCAGAGGACUUCCUGUUGGUGUACGACGGCGGGUCGCAGAAGGCGCCACUGCUUGCUAAGAUGUGUGGUACAGCCACCAUCCCCAACAUCACCUCCAGCGGGCCAGAGAUGCUUGUGGUGUUACAGACAGCAACGUCAGGUAUGAUGAACCAUCUUGCCAACUUAGUGACUGGCUUUGAACUUGAGGCUCAUGUGUUAUUCAUGAAGCAGAACCCGAACAGUGUAAGCAGCAUGCAAUGCGGUCAGAUCAUCAAGAGCUUUGGCGGCAGCAGUGGGGUGGUGGUCAGCCCAAUAUUCGCUCUUCCUGCCAACGCUACAUGUUCCUAUGAAUUUCAGGGACGGAGAGAUGAGGUCGUGUGGCUGUAUUUUACCAAAUAUCAUAGGACACGAAAGAAAGAAGUUAUGAUUAAUUACACACCGUGCCGUAACCGCCUUGCUCUCUAUGACGGAAAGACGUUCUAUAGCCCCGAAUCAGAAAUUUCAACUCUUAUGGGCGAGUAUUGUGACGAGCAGCUGCCGCCAAUAUGUGUUAGAUCGCGUCAGAAGGGGACAGUGAGCCAGCCGUGUGCAAUCAAGGAGAGUUUCCUCUCCACAGGACCUUCCCUCUUUGUCAUGCAAGAGUUCACGGACGGAACCAGCCUCCUUCCACUUAAUUAUAUCAUACAUUACGAGUUUGUUAGUUUUUUUCAGUCUGGGAAGGAGUCUGGCAGUGAUUGUGACAGAGUGUUUAACAGUGCUCAGGACGCCAAGGGACAUUUCAGUUCCCCUAGAAACGUUUUUCUAUACGGUCGUGGGGGUAAAUCUUCUCUCUCCUGUAAAUAUACAUUUCAGACAUUAGAAGGAGAGGCGAUAAAGCUGAAAAUCACGAACGUGGGAUUUCGUGGCAAUAUGUGCAAGACGAUUCACAAUUUUCAAUCGAAUCUUUACGAAUGCAUCGCACGCCUUCCUGGCUCAGCUGUACUGGAGGUGUGGGAGGAGCCUUGGGGCAAUACGCGCCUUCCCCUAGGCUGUAUGUGUGAUGCUGGAAUUACUCCAUCAGUGUUCAUCAGUCACACUCGUCUAGUUCAGCUAAAGUUUGCUAUCAAGGAGAUGAACUGGAGUCAAGAUUUCAAUGAUUUUUUCUUCGAUGCUGAGUACGAGUUCACGAAGACCAGAGAAUGCACCGAUGAACGGAUCUUAAAUGGCUCAACGGGAUCUAUUCUCAUACGGAGUGAUGGAGAGUUCGCAGAGUGUAAUGAAUACCCUUGGAAGAUCGUGGCCCGGGAACAUAGCCACCUGUACCUGAACAUCCCCGGUUAUCACGCCUCCAGCCAACGCUGUUCCACGGAGAACAGAGUAGUGGUGUACGGCAGUCACACAGCCCGGCCUCUCAAAGCCGUAUGCCCAGAAACCGGCGGAACGGAUAGCGUGGAUAUAUUCUCCUCUGGCUGGAACACGGCGUUGGAUUUAUCUGAACCUCGCCCUGACAGCCUUAUUAUCCGCUAUCUAGCCAGGGAACCCUCGACGUAUAGACUUACCUGGCUGGAAGUGCGUCGGGAGCCCCGCCCCUCUGCUCUCGAGUCCCUCAAGGGAGCGGGCGGCCGUGGGCACAGCACGGGCGCCUCGUGCCCUCAUCAAUGCCCUGAGCUCGACGCCUGCAUCAGCCCCGAGCUUUGGUGUGACGGGGUGAAGCACUGCCCGUCCGGUGCGGACGAGCUGCGCACUACCUGCCUCUACUUCACCGUCCCCUGGCUGUACCUUGUGCUCGGGGUGGUUGCCAUACUCGUCUGCUUGCUGGUGUUUGCCUCCGCCCUUGUCGCCGUCAGGAUCUACCAACGAGGCAAAGUCAAGAGGAAGAAGAAGAAAGAGGCCCAGAGAUUGAUGACUCGGGAAGUCAUUCUUCCACUAAACUUCCAGAAGGAAAACAUUUACUGAGGUAGUCGGGAAGAGUCAAUGACACAAACAGGAAAUUACCUCCUCUGCUCCCAGACUCCUCUCCUUCUUCAUUUACUACAACUGGCCUCCUUGUCAUGGCUAAUUUUUAUAUCCAAUUUUGUAUAACUUGUUUCCAUGAAGUUCGAUGAUGUUCUUACACUUUGUAAAUACUUAUAUAUAUUUUAUGGUUUUAUUUACAGGCAACAGUAGAAAGAUUUUCUAGAUAGAUGAACACUUUGUACACCCCUGAGGAUUUUCCCUAGUCGUUGUGAGAGUAGUGGUGAUAUUUCUGCCUAAUAUCAGUCGCCAUGCCUUACAUACAGAGGAAAGAGUGAGAUACCCCGACUCUCUUAAGUUUCGGAUCCCCUGUCAUACAUAUAGGUAAAUAGGCCUCCCUCUUCCAACAGAUUUAACAUAUGGUCUUAAACAUUUGAGAUAACUACUCAAUGCUAGGAAUCAGGAUCUUAAGUGCACGUUCCAUCACUUUCUUGGGACAUGCUUUGGUUAGUACACUUUUUCCCCUUACCUUCAUCUCUUUCCCUACUGAUCUACAGAUGACAAGUUCCACAGACUCUACAAACCUCCUUAUCAUCACUCUUUGUAAUCUUUUUAAAGGAGAUUAAUGGGUUAAGGUGAUUAAGAGAAAACUAAAUCUCAACUCUUUACAUCUGUCUCCAAAAUACUACACAUAACAUUGAAGGUCACAGACUGAUGGGCAAAAUUACCUUUCUGGAAAAAUAGUCUGUGGGUCAAAGAUGGUUAUUGUUGGCCUUGGUUAUCUGUGGCCAUUGUUACCAGUUCUAAAAAUACAGUUCAAGUAUCAACUUUUUUUAUACUACUGAGUCUAAUCAUACAGGUCAGUCCUACAAUCCUACAAUUAAGUUGUCAUUUAUUAAUGCAAGAUAUAAAUUUUCUUAUAGAUUUGCCAAACUAUUGGUUCUUGCAGCUAUAAAUCAUAAUAUUUAUUUAUCACUAAGAACCACUGAACAUCAGCUAAAAAAGUACCAUUCUUGAAUGCUUUUCUCAUGAUUAUUUUUUUAUAUUCAUGGGAACGAAAAACUCGUAAGGAAAUGGGAGGCAAUCAGAUUCGAUCUAAGGAAAGGGAGGGUAGCUCUAAAUCGAUGAAUCGAGAGCACUUCAUUAGCAUCUCGUGAGGGAUUACCAGUCUCAGAAACCUCAACUAGUCAAAAAAAAAAUAUAAAAAAAAAAAGAACAGGGCUCCAAGCACAACACACAGACUUGGUAAUCCUACACAAAACGUUCAGAAUAAUACAAAGGCAAAUCAAAGCAAGAAGACUUCACAAAAGGCCUGGCUUGCUCUAAAUGUCUUUGAAUUACACAUAUUUGUUGGCACUCAGCCUUUCAACUAGAGAAACUCUUCACCCACAGCCUUAGCUUUCCUCAGUCCUCACCGACCCUACCCUUCUAAUCUGACUUUUCAGUUCCACUUUUCCCCCCGCGACGACUGAGCUAGGUACGGGGCGCAGCAAGAAGUCAGGUCCACAAACUAGAAAACUCAACUGACCUGGUUCUUGUAGGUAGGGUGGGGAGGAGGGGUGACUGUGAUAAACCAUCCCCGGGUCAUUGUAAAAGAAUCACUUGUUUAUUAAGACCAGGGAAGACUUUCUACACUGAUGCUUUGUGAGAUUCUCGCUUGUGUUGUUAGAAUGCAGAGACCGUUUUGGAAACAUUGACCAGAGGCAGCUGGCAGAAAUAUAGCAAGGUAAAUAAACACUGCUAUCAGCAACGUUUCGCUCUGAAUAGAGCUUUUUUAAGUUGAGAUGACUUAAAAAAAUCUACCCAGAGGGAACAUGUGAUAUUUUUUGUAAAGCAGGUGUCUCUCGUUACCCCAGGUGUUUAUCUCUUUACACCAGGCGUGUGUCUCGUUACACCAGGUGUGUAUCUCGUUACACCAAGUGUGUAUCUCGCUAUAGCAGAUGUGUAUCUCGUUACACCAGGUGUGUAUCUCGUUACGCCAGGUGUGUAUCUCGUUACACCAGGUGCGUGUCUCGUUACACCAGGUGUGUAUCUCGUUACUCCAGGUGUGUAUCUCGUUACACCAGGUGUGUAUCUCGUUACACCAGAUGCGUGUCUCGUUACACCAGGUGCGUGUCUCGUUACACCAGGUGUGUAUCUCGUUACACCAGGUGUGUAUCUCGUUACACAAGGUGUGUAUCUCGUUACGCCAGGUGUGUAUCUCGUUACACCAGGUGUAUCUCGUUACACCAGGUGUGUAUCUCGUUACACCAGGUGCGUGUCUCGUUACACCAGGUGCGUGUCUCGUUACACCAGGUGUGUAUCUCGUUACACCAGGUGUGUAUCUCGUUACGCCAGGUGUGUAUCUCGUUACACCAGGUGUAUCUCGUUACACCAGGUGCUACACCAAAUUUAUCACAUUAAAAAUUUUAUCACAGUUUGUACAUUCAUGCCUUUCAAGUGAGGUGAUUUAAUGCUGGUACCAGUUAGGGCUCUUAAUACAAGGAGCUGAAGCAGUGUGCUGCUGCCUUAUUUGUUACGACAGUUAAACAGAGGGAACAAGAGCUAUGUUUUGCCCUGUCACCCUCAAGGAGGACGGGGCUCAUACAAGGUGCUGAAAUCUGUCUUGCAUGAGCUGGGAGAUUAUUGUUCCAUUCUUUGGAGGACCAGGUUCAUACAAGGUGCUGAAAUCUGUCUUGCAUGAGCUGGGAGAUUAUUGUUCCAUUCUUUGGAGGACCAGGUUCAUACAAGGUGCUGAAAUCUGUCUUGCAUGAGCUGGGAGAUUAUUGUUCCAUUCUAUGGAGGACCAGGUUCAUACAAGGUGCUGAAAUCUGUCUUGUAUGAGCUGGGAGAUUAUUGCCCCAUUCCAUGGAGGACCAGGUUCAUACAAGGUGCUGAAAUCUGUCUUGUAUGAGCUGGGAGAUUAUUGCCCCAUUCCAUGGAGGACCAGGUUCAUACAAGGUGCUGAAAUCUGUCUUGUAUGAGCUGGGAGAUUAUUGCCCCAUUCCAUGGAGGACCAGGUUCAUACAAGGUGCUGAAAUCUGUCUUGUAUGAGCUGGGAGAUUAUUGCCCAUUCCAUGGAGGACCAGGUUCAUACAAGGUGCUGAAAUCUGUCUUGUAUGAGCUGGGAGAUUAUUGCCCCAUUCCCUGCAGAUCCCACCUAGGAAAAAUUGUCAAAUACCACUGUCGGAUUCAAAGCAGAUUCUUGCAUUUUAACAACACAUACCAGAGAGUGCUUUAAAAAACACUAUCAACACAAAGCACCAGGGAAAAAAUUGUGUUCCCAUCUAGGGUAGUAUGUGGCUUUUACGGAGAAGAGAAAUUGUGAAAUUUUAAUCAUUAUUGUGAUAAAAAAAAUGGUUUAAACUAAAAAAAAAAAUUAUGCGUAUUUAUACAUAUCGAAAAACUGUUUAAUGUUUUGGUAGUAGUAUGGUGUUUAUACAGUGUGGAACUCUGCCAAGGUAGAUUAUAUAAUGUGUGGGAUGAGAACCGCCGUGUAUGUAUUUUUAAGGUGAACCAUUGAAAGAUAUUUGCCUACAGCAGCUGCUGCUUACUUAAUUUGCUGUUUUUGAAUCUAUAAAAAGUGAUGUUAUUAUAUUACCAAGGUGGUGUUAUCACACUGUCAGGGUGGUGUUAUCACUCUGUCAUGGUGGUGUUAUUACAUUACCAAGGUGGUGUUAUCACACUGUC